AUGAAGCUCGGAUCGUGCAUACAUGAACGCAAGUUGGCCGCACGACGAGGCGACGAAGUAUCACAAGUUGCAGCUCACAUCUAUGAAACAGGCCAUGAGCUCAACUUCGCGGCCGUCAAGGUACUUUCCCACGUCGGAAACAAGACGAACAGGGAGUGGAUUGAAGCCUGGUCCACGGACGGGAAUUCAGUCAAAAGAUGUGUCGAAUUGGCGCCGGUGUACAGAGCCUUGCGGGAUUACUUAUAG